AGAGUCGCACUCGCAGCUCAACCAUGAACUUAAAUAACGGCUGCACUUCCACGGGCUGAGGUGAGUCCGGGUUUCUCUCCACGUCCACACUUGUUCCUCUACUUCACACUCACCUUUAUCACCAGGUGUGUGUGUGUUCGCAGUGUUUGUGUGCGCCUGCAGAGCACCGCCGGCCAUGCCCGUCACAUCCCAGCUGCUCAGGGGUUUGCCCCGUGCCAAGGUCUUAGCCUCCAGUCUGUUACCAUGCCAACAACACCAGUCCCAGUUCGGACCCGCCGCUCACCGACCCGCCACGCGACACCCGUCCCACGCGUGGCAGAGACACCAGCCGUCGAGAAGCUACGGGAAAACCUCAGCGCUCCACAGCUACAUCCUCACACCGCCGCAGGUCAACUCCAUCCUCAAAGCCAACGAGUACAGCUUCAAGGUGCCAGAGUUUGAUGGUAAAAAUGUGUCUUCAGUGAUGGGGUUUGAAAGCAAUCAGCUGCCAGCAAACGCUCCCAUAGAAGAUCGCCGCAGUGCAGCAACAUGCCUGCAGACCAGAGGGAUGCUGCUGGGCGUGUUCGAUGGCCACGCCGGCUGCGCCUGCGCACAGGCGCUCAGUGAGAGGUUGUUUUACUACAUCGCUGUGUCCCUGCUGCCCCACGACACUCUGUGUGAGCUGGAGGCAGCGGUGGAGGCCGGCAGAGCCCUCAGUCCCAUCCUGCAGUGGCACAAACACCCCAACGACUACUUCAGCAGGGAGGCUCAGACGCUCUACUUCAACAGCCUCAGAACGUACUGGCAGGAGCUGAUCGAUCUGACCAGUCCAGGCGAGGUUCCAGAGACUCGCGAGGCUUUGCUGAACGCCUUCAAGAGGCUGGACAACGACAUUUCUCUGGAGGCUCAGGUUGGAGAUCCGAAUGCCUUUCUGCACUACUGGGUUCUGAGAGUGGCCUUUUCUGGAGCGACGGCCUGCGUGGCUCACAUCGACGGACCAGACCUCUUCAUAGCCAAUGCAGGAGAUGCUCGGGCGGUGCUGGGGGUGCAGGAGGAGGACGGUUCGUUCAGCGCUCACACUCUCUCUAACGACCACAACGCCCAGAACGAUGAGGAGGUCGCUCGGAUACGAGGCGAACAUCCUCCAUCGGAGAGGAAGACGGUUAUUCGUCAGGACCGGCUCCUCGGCCUCCUCAUGCCGUUCAGGGCGUUCGGUGACGUGAAGUUCAAGUGGAGCAUUGAGCUGCAGAAGAGAGUGUUGGAGUCUGGACCUGAUCAGCUCAACGAAAACGAACACACCAGGUUUAUCCCCCCCAACUACCACACGCCGCCCUACCUGACCGCAGAGCCGGAGAUCACGUACCACAAGCUGAGGCCGCAGGAUCGAUUCCUGGUGAUCGGCUCCGACGGCCUCUGGGAGACCCUCCACCGGCAGGAGGUGGUCCGCAUCGUCGGCGAGUAUUUAACGGGGGUGCACCAGCGUCAGCCGCUCACGGUCGGGGGCUACAGGGUCACCUUGGGACAGAUGCAGGGGCUGCUGCAGGAGAGGAAAGCUCGGGUGUCUUCGGCCUUCGAGGACCACAACUCGGCCACCCACCUGAUGCGCCACGCGGUGGGAAACAACGAGUUCGGCACCGUGGACCACGAGAGGCUUUCCAAGAUGCUGUCGCUGCCCGAGGAGCUGGCCCGCAUGUACCGCGACGACAUCACCAUCAUCAUCACUCAGUUCAACCCCCACGUGAUCGGAGCACAGAGGCAGGAAGGACAGUCCUGAUUGAAGCCGUUCACUCAGCAGCACACACACUUCUACAGGUCUAAGCACACUCUGUGGACAAACAGGUUACCGCCACAUCUGUCCAGCAGGGGGAGCUCAGUGUUUUAACACUAUAUGUUUAAGAGUUUCUAUGUUUGUAUGCAGUGCUACAGGUAGUCUGGUUUCCUAUCGAGUUUAAAGCUGGAUCUCUUUUACAGCUCGUUAUUUAUGCUGCCGCUGUCAUCUGGCAGAUGUUUUCAUACACCAAUCUCUCUGACGCUGUUACAAACUGACUUCAGUGCCAAAACUUUCAACCUCCUCAGCCUCAGCAGGGUUUAAAUUGUUGAAAUUCCAAAGAGGGUGAACGAGUAAAGAGGCCUUUGACAGCACUGACUCCACCUUAUGGACUUUAGCUGGGUUGUCCCAUUAUAGCAGCACCCUCUCUUUCUGUACUGUCUGGUUGUGUUACUUGGAGAGCCCGACCGAUACUGGAGUUUUGGAAGGUUAAAAAAAAAACCAACACAAAUUGGCUGAGUUCUCCAGAGACUUUGUGCUCGUUGCGACCAAAGAACCCAUGUAGAACCUCUUCAGGGCCAGUUUCAGGUAGACAAAAGCAGCUCUGUGGUUGGUACUUCUUAGCGGUUCUGCGGACAUCGAACCUGAUUGGCCUCAUCCGGUAGCAGUCUUUUUCUUUUAAGCUUAACAAUCAGUAAAAUUGUCAAUUGGGGGGGGAGGGGAGAAGUUGCUGAAAGGACUGAUUAGGGGACUGUUUCUGUAAACAUUGGUCCCAUCUAUGCAGCCAAAAUAAUGGGGUCAUUGUUUAUUUAUUUACUGGCAAUGUAAUUCAAAAACUGCCACCGAGACUCUGCUUAACUCCGUAUCGUGGGAUUCCUACUCUGCUACAUGCGCUGCAGAUAGGCAAGCUUUUAACAACUCCGUUUCUAAAUUGCCACCAAGGAUUAUGCUCUGUAAAAGAAAGUUUUCACAUCGAAAGGUCGGUUGGGCUCUACUCAUUUGCAUUCAUGAGGAUUUUGUUCCCUUUCUAGAUUACCUUUGUUGUUACAAGGAGGCCUGUUGCAUCUAUUUUUUUGUUUUUUUUCUGCAUGUCACUGUAUGAUACUCUUAGUACCGUCCAGACAUAUAGUCAAUACUUCAUUCUACAUUUACAGUACUGUCUGGAUGUUUUUACUUUGGCUCUGCUGCAGCUCACCAGAGUGAAUUGAAACAAUCAGAUUUAAGGUGUUUGCGUCCGUAUUGAGUGAAUGGCGUAGGAUGUGGGAGCAAGUAUACUAAAUUGUAGCGGACAAGGUUGCAUUUUAGCAUCUGGAAGAUAAAUCUGAGGGGUCACAAGUGGAAUAUAAGGAGUCGGGAGACGUAAUUCUGUUACAGGGAAUUUAUUUAACUAACAGCACACCGUAAUCAGACUGUUAUUCAUUUUAAAAGCCAUAAAUGUUCAGAAACGCUGAGAUAGUGAUUGUUUUCUUCUCAAAUCCAGUGUUCUGUAGCACCGGGCAAACACCACUACAGGUAAACCGACUCACCUGGCAUUUCUGUGACAUCAUCACUUAGUUACUGUGCAACUUCUUCACUUUAAAACAUACUAAUGAAGUGAAUUAUUCUCCGUUUUCCAUAUAUAAUGUACCACUACUUGUGAAGGUCAGCGUCUGAAUUAUAUCACAGCUUCUUUGCCAAAUAUCGUAAGGCUAAGAUACAUGUUUUUUUUAUUCUUUUUCCUUUCUGACAGGUCAUUAGCGGUGUAAUUAAUCAUUUCCUACAGUUUGGGAGAUUUUUAUUCACAACACUGAGCUUGAAAGCGACUCGUGAUUCUCUCCGGUUACUCAUGAAUCACAGGGUGGUGGAUGUUUAAGUGUAUUUAGGAAUGAGCAGAAUGUACAUUUGAGAGAAGCUGUUUGAAUAUUAAAUCUUAUUUAUUCAGCUUUAGCAGUACGUUACACGUCUUUGCUGUCAUGUGUAUAAAUUGUAACUUAUGUGGGUUAAGUUUUGUACAUGGAAUGGUUUAAUAAAAUGCAGAAUAUUCA